CGCGGACCCGGCCGGCCGCCCGCGCCUCCCGCCCCGCCUCAGGGUGAGGAUGGCCGCCAGCGUUUCUCGGCUCCCCCCCAGCUCCCGCCCUGUGCCUCCUUUUGCGCGGUGCGCCCCGUCCCCGGCCGGCCCUCUCGCUUGCUCUCCAGCGGCGGUGGGGCCCUGCUGUCGCCGGCCGCUCGCCCGGCGCGACGUGCGUGCGGCCGCCGCCAUUUUGUGAGGAGAGGCGGUAGCGGACCGACGGCCGGGAGCGCUGCGUGAGGCGACGUCCUUCCGCCGCCAGCGAGGAGGAGGAGGUGGGGUCGGCUCCGCCUCGCAGCAGUGCGGCUGGGGGCGCGGGCAGGGCGGCGGGAGCGAGCGGCUGUUGGUUUCCCGUGUCUGGGUGGGAGAGGAGGAGGGUUGGGGCCGAAGGAGGAAGAGUGUGCCGCGCUGCCUGAGAGCCCCGCGGGAAGGAGGCUUCCCAGGGCGGUCAACGAUGGCGGCUGGGCCAGGAGCCUCCCACCAAGCCCCUUAGGGGUAGAGUCUUUCUGGGCAGUCGGGCACUCUUUUGUAUUGAAGCAUGUUUUUACCGAGAUCUGUUAAAGUCAAGAGGACUGCUGAUGAGGACAAAAGUUGUACAUCUAAGAAAAAUAAGUUGUCUUCUGGAGGCUCUUUACUAGAGGAGACCACGAAGUUCCAAGACUGUCAGUCAGCUAGAACAGAAUCUUCUGCUUCAAGAUGCGGUUUGAAUGAAGCUAUACAAGAGUGCACAGAACCUGUAGCUGGAGACCUUGGUGUUGCUAGUACAACUUCAGGGAAGGACAACCAAAAUACUGCUGAAGAGAGCUCUUUGGAAGAACCCAUAAAGUCCUUCAGCAAAUCCCAGCGUUGGGCAGAACCUGGAGAACCUGUGUGCGUUGUAUGUGGUCGCUACGGAGAGUACAUCUGCGAUAAAACAGAUGAAGAUGUUUGUAGCUUGGAAUGUAAAGCCAAACACCUUCUACAAAGUCAAACAAAGGAGGGGAAGCUAAAAUCUGAUGAACUCACAAAAGCAGAAUCUCAAGCAGAAGCUGACUUGCUUAAUACACCUUAUUUCUACAAAGAUCAUGCCUUUAUUUUAGGUUUGCGAGAUGAGCAGAUUGAGAACCUUAAACUGCAGCUGGGUAUUGCUGUCCAGGGCCAUCACAUACCAAGACCUAUUGUUGAGUUUGAACACUGUGGUUUUCCUGAAACUUUAAACCACAAUUUAAAGAAUUCUGGCUAUGAAGUCCCAACUCCCAUCCAAAUGCAGAUGAUCCCUGUUGGACUCUUAGGGAGAGAUAUUGUGGCUAGUGCAGACACGGGCUCUGGGAAAACAGCAGCCUUCCUUCUCCCUGUCAUUAUGAAGGUUUUGAAAGAGACAGAAGCUCCAUCUGCCCUUAUUUUGGCACCAACAAGGGAGUUAGCAAUUCAAAUAGAGAGGCAAGCUAAAGAACUGAUGGCUGGUUUGCCAAACAUGAGAACAGUUCUCCUGGUAGGAGGUUUACCACUGCCACCACAGCUUCACCGUCUCAAGCAAAAUGUUAAGGUUAUAAUAGCAACACCUGGAAGACUUACUGAGAUUUUAAAGCAAAGUUCUGUUCAACUACAUGCCAUAAAAAUUGUAGUGGUGGACGAAGUGGACACCAUGUUAAAAAUGGGUUUCCAGCAGCAAGUUCUGGAUAUUUUAGAAGGCAUCUCUCAUGAUCAUCAAACCAUACUGGUGUCAGCCACAAUUCCAGUGGGCAUUGAACACUUAGCAAAUCAGCUGCUGCACAAUUUUGUAAGAAUAACAAUUGGAGAAAAGAAUCUGCCAUGUUCCAAUGUUCGCCAAAUUAUCUUGUGGGUAGAAGAACCAUCUAAGAAGAAAAAGCUGUUUGAAAUACUGAAUGAUAAGAAACUCUUCAAGCCUCCAGUGUUGGUGUUUGUGGACUGUAAGCUGGGAGCAGAUCUGUUGAGCGAUGCUGUUCGUAAGAUUACAGGGUUGCAGUGUACCGCUAUGCACUCUGAAAAGUCUCAGGUGGAAAGAACAGACAUAUUACAGGGAUUACUUCAAGAGAAGUAUGAAGUUAUAGUGAGUACUGGAGUGCUUGGACGAGGGCUUGACCUAGUCAAUGUCAAACUGGUAGUAAAUUUUGAUAUGCCUUCAAGUAUGGAUGAAUAUGUACAUCAGGUUGGAAGGGCGGGGAGAUUGGGUCACAGUGGAACCGCAAUUACUUUUAUCAAUAACAACAGCAAGAAGCUCUUCUGGGAUGUUGUGAAGAGAGUAAAACCAACAGGCACCAUUCUUCCCCCACAGCUACUCAAUUCCCCAUAUCUUCAUGACCAAAAGAGAAGGGAACAACAGAGACAGAAACAAUUACAGAAUAGUCUUGUAACAGGAGAUAAUAUUAUGGACAUUAUUAGAAAACAUGACAAAAAUAAUUCUCAGAGGUAAUAAAGAUUAAUGUAUAGUUAUGUAAAUAUAAUGAAGUGGGAUUAAAAAUAAACAUUAUGCUUUGUUGUAUAUUGCCUUUUUACAAAGUUUGUAUGUUCUGGUUUUUAAGGAGUGUAAUUUUUAUCUCAUCUUUCUUUUGAAAAAAGACUUGUGUGUUUGAGCCUCUGUAUGUGCUCACUAUGGAGUGUAUCUGUGAUAAAACAGCUGAAGAUGGUUUGCAGCUUGGAAUGUAAAGCCAAAACCACACUGUGCUGGGGUCUGGUCCAGCCUCUAUCAAACACUGCCCCAGCCAAAAAAUGAUCACAACAGAAGUGCUGGUGGUGUCACUCAGCCGCCACAGGCAUAGCCCUAUGGCUCAGCUCUAUACUGCUUAUAGCAUGAGAUCACAUACCUGGACACAGGCCUUCAGGGGAGGGGAAAGCAGACCCUGACACCCCUUCACAGGCAGGAUCGACCAGAAGAGGUGCUAGUCCCAGAGUGCCUCAGGCCCCACCGGAGGAGGAUGCAGCCAGUCACAUCUGUGGUGGGAUCUGUCUGCAGCCUUCCCUUUAUUGCUUGGGGACUAGUUAGAAGUCCUGCUCAAUCCCAUUGCAAUAACAGAAAUAGUUAUAACUUCAUUACAGGAAAAUAGGA